AUGAACCCUGGAGGAGAGGCUACUGACCAUGGGGGAGAGGUUACUGACCCUGGGGGAGAGGUUACUGACCCUGGGGAAGAGGCUACUGACCAUGGGGGAGAGGUUACUGACCCUGGGGGAGAGGUUACUGACCCUGGGGAAGAGGCUACUGACCAUGGGGGAGAGGUUACUGACCCUGGGGGAGAGGUUACUGACCCUGGGGGAGAGGUUACUGACCCUGGGGGAGAGGCUACUGACCCUGGGGGAGAGGCUACUGACCCUGGGGGAGAGGCUACUGACCCUGGGGGAGGGGCUACUGACCCUGGAGGAGGGGCUACUGACCAUGGGGGAGAGGCUACUGACCCUGGGGGAGAGGCUACUGACCCUAAGGGAGAGGCUACUGACCCUGGGGGAGAGGCUACUGACCCUGGGGGAGAGGCUACUGACCCUGUGGGCGAGGCUACUGACCCUGGGGGAGAGGCUACUGACCCUGGGGGAGAGGCUACUGACCCUGGAGGAGAGGCUACUGACCCUGGGGGAGAGCCUACUGACCCUUGGGGAGAGGCUACUGACCCUGGGGGAGAGGCUACUGACCCUGGGGGAGAGGUUACUGACCCUGGGGGAGAGGCUACUGACCCUGGGGGAGUGGCUACUGACUCUGAGGGAGAGGCUACUGACCCUGGGGGAGAGGCUACUGACCCUGGGGGAGAGGCUACUCACCCUGGGUUUGAGGUUACUGACACUGGGGGAGAGGCUACUGACCCUGGGGGAGAGGCUACUGACCCUGGGGGAGAGGCUACUGACCCUGGGGGAGAGGUUACUGACCCUGGGGGAGAGGCUACAGACCCUGGGGGAGAGGUUACUGACCCUGGGUGA